GCGUGGAGCUUGUACCUUGGUGUGAACUGUGAAUUAUCCACUAAGCUCAGCUAAGCUCAGCUCAGCACUUCACAGAAACCCUAAACCCACAUUUCAAAUUCCUAAAACCCUAACGCCACCACCACCCUGCGUCCAUGGCGGAGCUGAAGUUGUCGGAGUCUCGGGACUUGACCCGCAUAGAGCGCAUAGGCGCUCACUCUCACAUUCGAGGCCUUGGUCUCGACUCUUCUCUCGAGCCUCGCGCCGUCUCCGAGGGCAUGGUCGGCCAGACCUCGGCCCGCAAGGCCGCCGGCGUCAUCCUCCAGAUGAUCCGCGACGGCAAGAUCGCCGGCCGCGCUGUCCUUCUCGCAGGCCAACCUGGAACCGGGAAGACCGCCAUAGCCAUGGGGAUGGCCAAGUCCCUCGGCCUCGAGACACCGUUCGCCAUGAUUGCCGGCAGCGAGCUCUUCUCCCUCGAGAUGUCGAAGACCGAGGCGCUAACACAGGCGUUCCGUAAGGCCAUUGGUGUUCGCAUUAAGGAGGAGACUGAGGUCAUCGAAGGUGAGGUCGUUGAGGUCCAGAUUGACCGUCCUGCCGUCGCCGGCGCCGCCUCUAAGUCCGGCAAACUCACUCUCAAGACGACGGAGAUGGAGACCGUUUACGACUUGGGAGCGAAGAUGAUAGAGGCCCUUGGGAAGGAGAAGGUGACCAGCGGUGACGUCAUUGCCAUUGACAAGGCUUCUGGAAAGAUCACGAAGCUUGGGAGGUCGUUUUCGAGGUCUAGGGAUUUCGACGCCAUGGGGCCUCAGGUGAAGUUCGUGCAGUGUCCUGAUGGGGAGUUGCAGAAGCGCAAGGAGGUCGUGCAUUGUGUUACUCUUCAUGAGAUUGAUGUUAUUAAUAGCAGAACGCAGGGAUUUUUGGCUCUUUUCACUGGUGAUACAGGUGAAAUUCGUGCUGAAGUAAGAGAACAAAUUGACACCAAAGUAGCAGAGUGGAGAGAGGAAGGAAAGGCAGAGAUUGUGCCUGGUGUCCUUUUCAUUGAUGAGGUGCACAUGCUUGAUAUUGAAUGCUUUUCCUUCCUAAAUCGAGCUCUGGAGAACGAGAUGGCUCCUAUAUUAGUUGUUGCUACCAACAGAGGCAUUACAAAUAUUAGAGGCACCAAUUACAAAUCCCCUCAUGGGAUUCCCAUUGAUCUGCUUGAUCGUCUGCUUAUCAUCUCUACUCAACCUUACACCGAGGAAGAGAUUCGCAAAAUUCUAGAUAUCAGAUGCCAAGAGGAAGAUGUAGAAAUGGCUGAAGGUGCGAAGCAGUUGUUAACCAAAAUUGGGGUUGAAACAUCCUUGAGAUAUGCCAUUCAUCUCAUCAUAGCAGCUGCAUUGGCAUGCCAAAAGAGGAAGGGGAAAGUAGUGGAGCUGGAGGAUAUAAACCGUGUUUACCAUCUAUUUUUGGAUGUCAAAAGAUCAACGCAGUACUUGAUGGAGUAUCAGAAUCAGUACAUGUUCAACGAAACAGGGGAAGGUGAAGAAGAUGAUGUCCAUGCCACGGUCUUUUAAAAAACUUGAAUUCUAGUUUGGAUGGAUUUGUAAUUAUGUGAGCAAGUCUCUAAUUAUUAGGUUGCAGUAGCAAUAUUUUUUUCUUUCUUGUUUUAAAGGACAUUGUGUUUGUUUGAUAUUGGGAUUUACUAGCAGUUUUUCUUGGUUGAACUGAAAUAUCUUCAUCCUCCAUAUGAUGCUGCUGUAUCUGUAUGUAAUUUUAUUACUUGGUGAAAUGCUUAAUCAUUUGAUCUGACCAUGU